GCGUUAUAUGGAGACCAGAGACCAGAGCCGCGGUACCGUAAACCAGAGUGCAGAGCUGCGGUACCGCAGACCGGAGUCCAGAGCCGCGGUACCGGAGACCGGAGUCCAGAGCCGGGGUAUCGUAGACCGGAGGUCAGAAACACGGUGCCGAAGACCAGAGCCGCGGUACCGGAGACCGGAGAUCAGAGGCGCAGUACCGGAGGAGAAGCCUCGCUGUGGUCCAGGACUCGCUGAGGGAAGAGGAAACAACAGCGCACGAUUUGCGCAGUGAUGGAGGCUCCAGAUGUACAACAGGAGAAACUGCAAGGGGCAGCAGAGAGGAGGAGACAGACAGAGACAGAGGAGAAGAGGAGGCAGCUGGAGCAGUACCGGAGACACCUCCAGCACAUCAAGUCCGCCACGCUGCGGGAGCGCUGGCUGCUGGAGGGGGCGCCCCCUGCAGGCGGGGAGGAGGAACGCCAGCUGGAGAGCAGCAUCAGCAGACUGGAAGAGGAAGUGCUGUGUUUGGAGUCUGGAAGUACAAGACCAUAUGAGACUAUGAUUGGGUACUCAGUAAAAGAGGUGGGCGGAGCUGACCUGACAGCGUUCUCAGACGGUGGGACGUUGCAGCCCUCUGACGGUGGGACGUUGCAGCCCUCUGACGGUGGGACGUUGCAGCCCUCAGACGCUGGGACGUUGCAGCCCUCAGACGCUGGGACGUUGCAGCCCUCUGGCGGUGGGACGUUGCAGCCCUCUGACGGUGGGACGUUGCAGCCCUCUGACGGUGGGACGUUGCAGCCCUCUGGCGGUGGGACGUUGCAGCCCUCAGACGGUGGGACGUUGCAGCCCUCUGACGGUGGGACGUUGCAGCCCUCUGACGGUGGGACGUUGCAGCCCUCUGACGGUGGGACGUUGCAGCCCUCAGACGGUGGGACGUUGCAGCCCUCUGACGGUGGGACGUUGCAGCCCUCUGACGGUGGGACGUUGCAGCCCUCUGACGGUGGGACGUUGCAGCCCUCAGACGGUGGGACGUUGCAGAGCUCUGACGGUUUGAAUCAGCGGCAAUCUUCUGCUCCUCCGGACUCUCUGUUGAAAGCAGCCAUGUACUCCGUAGAGAUCAGGGUGGAGCGGGACCGGGCGACCGGGGAGACCAGAGUCCUCUCCUCCAACACGCUGCUUCCUGUUGACCUCUCGCUCCACGGGGUCAAAGUCUACGAGGACCGGACCCGAGUGGUCCACGAGGUCAACGGGGAGAAUGAUGUUCAACCACUGAGCUUCUUGGAGGUGGAGGAUCUCAUCCUGAAGGCCGACCAAGUGUCCAUGGAGCCGCACCCUGCUGGCCCCGCCCCCACCCACCACCCUGCUGGCCCCGCCCCCACCCACCACUCUCCUGCUGGCCCCGCCCCCGCCCACAACCCUGAUGGCCCCGCCCACCACCCUGCUGGCCCCGCCCCCGCCCACCAACCUGAUGGCCCCGCCCCCAGCCGGCCCCCUGCCUCUGGGAUCCAAGAGGUCCCUCAGAAGUCUCGUCAGAAGUCUCGUCAGAAGUCUCGUCAGAAGCCUCGUCAGAAGGCUCCUCAGAGCCCGGUGGAGGCCAGGGGCCCCCAGCCGGAGGCGGAGCUGGCGGGGGCCAGUGAGGAGCACCCUGUGACCAUGGUGUUCAUGGGGUACCAGAGCGUGGAAGACCAGGACCAGACCAGCAGGGUCCUGGGGCUGGAGGGCACCGUGACGGCUGAGCUGGUCCUGAUAGAAGACAAUGAGGGGAGGACCCCCCCGGGGGCCAGCCCCCAGGGGCCGGAGGGCGAGCCCCUGGUGGGCGGGGCCUCGGUGGGCGGGGCCUCGGUGGGGGGGCCCUCGAUGGGGGGGCCCUUGAUGGAGGGGCUCUCGGUGGGGGGGGCCUCCAAACAGACUGUGGAGCCAAAUGGCCGCAGCCUUUCCUCCAGCCUGCCCCACCCCAAGGCAGCAGAGGGAGGAGCCUCAGAGGGAGGAGCCUCAGAGGGAGGAGCCUCAGAGGGAGGAGCCUCAGAGGUCCACCAACAGGAGAGGGAGAAGCAGCCGUGCAAAUGCUGCAUCAUUAUGUGACUUUUUGUCUUCCACAACUCAGACAGACAAGCCCUUCGCAGGCCUGGUCCACCCUAACCCUAACCAACACUAACCCUAACCAACACUAACCCUAACCCUGGUCCACCCUAACCCUAACCAACACUAACCCUAACCCUGGUCAACACUAACCCUAACCCAGGUCAACACUAACCCUAACCAACACUAACCCUAACCCUGGUCAACACUAACCCUAACCCAGGUCAACACUAACCCUAACCAACACUAACCCUAACCCUGGUCAACACUAACCCUAACCAACACUAACCCUAA